AUGGUGUCCCGUGGCGCCGCGCCGCGCGACGUCCCGUGCCUGCCGCAGGUGUGGGCGGACGGCUCCACAGACCAAUCCGUCGUGGUGGAGGUCAUGGAGCACAGCAGCGAAGUGGCGGACUCACAAGCGGCCGAGUUCUUCUUCCGGGACAUGGCGGUCGCCAACGAGGCCACCAGCAGCCAGUUGGAGGGCGUCACCGCGCUGAGUGAGGGGCUCAUGGAGGGGCUCAUGCUGGGAUCGGCACACUGUUGGGUCAUUGGCGCAUAG